AUAAGUGAAAUUUUGUAUUUUGCUUUCUAUGCGUGCAAGCUUACAUAACAAACUUUGAUCAUUUUGUACGGCAAUUUCAUUAUUACCUCUCUCUCUCUCUCUCUCUCUCUCUCUCUCUCUCGGCUCCUGCUUUAUAUAUUUAGAGGGCUUCUCUUGUUUCUUCACUUUUGCAUGCUCUCUCUCUCUUUCCCUUUCCCUUUCUCUCCAGAUAUCUCUACACACCUCUCUCUUUCUCUCUCGUUCUGUUUUCUUUACUACACAUAUAGAUACAUAUCUUUCAAGAAACCAAUCAAUUAAGAGGUUCUAUUCGUUCUUGCAUGGAUGGAUCCUUCAAGUGGACAACACCAGGAAAUGUCUUCACAUUCACUAGAGAGCAUGCUGGUUUGCACAAAACCCCAUCAAGAAAGGAAGCCAAGACCUCAACCAGAGCAAGCUCUAAAGUGUCCAAGAUGUGAUUCCACAAACACCAAAUUUUGCUACUACAAUAAUUAUAGCCUAUCUCAACCAAGGUACUUUUGCAAGUCAUGUAGAAGGUAUUGGACAAAAGGAGGCACAUUGAGAAAUGUUCCAGUAGGUGGAGGGUGCAGGAAAAACAAAAGAUCAUCAUCAUCAAAAAAGACUCAAGAUCACCAUCAAUUGAAUUCUAAUAACACAAAUCCACUUACCUCCCUCCCUUCUUUAACUUAUGACUCUAAUGACCUAACCCUUGCCUUUGCUAGACUCCAAAAGCAGUCAAAUGGGCAAUUAGGGUUUGAUGAUCGUGAUUUGCCUAUUUUGGGAAAUCCCAACAAUACCCAUUCUGAUAUGCUUAUAAACCCUCCAGCUCCUUUUCUUGAAGCUUUGAGAACUGGGUUUCUUGAUACCCAAAAUAAUAAUAAUAAUUUUCAAAAUUUAUAUUUUGGGUAUGGAAAUGGUAAUAUGGGAGAUGUGGAAAAUAGUGGGGUUUGUGGUAAUAGUGGAGAAAUGAUGAUACCUUAUGAAGAUAUGAGCAGUGCAGGUACACAAGCUGUGACAGUGACAACAAUGAAGCAAGAAAUGUGCAGUGACAGAGAAGAUGAUCAAACGAGUAAGAUUUUAUGGGGAUUUCCAUGGCAGCUUAAUGGAAAUGGUGAUCUUGAUUCAGGAAAAGAAAGCUGGAUUAAUGGGUUUGGUUCAACUAAUUGGCAUGGACUUCUUAAUAGUCCUUUGAUGUAAGGGGAUAAAAAACCCAAAAAAAAUGAAAAAGAAUAGAAUUUUAAUUUCUUAUUUAUUAGACUCAAAA